AAAGUGUUCAAAACCCUAUUUAUUGAAGAGCUUCAUGGAAACUCUUCUGGUUGCUCAAGAGAGAGAGAAUAAGGGUGAGGGUAUCUUUGGUAGAGCUGGAAGAUCCUGUAGACUAGAGAUACCUCAACCAAUCAGGGUAAACAUUCCUUGCAUGUGAAGGAAUCAGGAUUUGAGAACAUCCAGUUCAAGAAUUUUUUCAAUCUGCAUUGGUGUGUAUACAUUUUUUGUAAAAAACCCCCCAAACCGUAAACCUUUAAUCGACAGUGUUCCUAAUUUUAAAUCAUAUGCUAUAAUGCGUUAUCUAGCUUUGAGAAUAUGGAGAAACAAAACAAUGUAUCUGAAUUCAUUUUGCUGGGACUUACUCAGGAUCAAGAGUUACAGAAAGUCUGCUUUGGAAUCUUUUUGAUCUUCUACAUGGCAAUUCUGCUGGGGAAUCUAUUGAUCAUAGUCACAAUCAAGAGCAGUCACCACCUGAUUUCUCCAAUGUAUUUCUUUCUCAGUUACCUUUCCUUCACAGAUAUCUGUUACUCCUCUGUCACUGCUCCAAAACUGAUAGCAGACUUCCUGGUGAAGAAGAAAACCAUCUCUUUUGUUGGUUGCAUAGCACAGCUUUUUGGGGCUCACUUUUUCGGUUGUACUGAAAUUUUUCUCCUCACACUGAUGGCAUAUGACCGAUACAUUGCAAUCUCCAAGCCUCUCCAUUAUACCACUAUUAUGAACAAGAGGGUGUGCAGUUGGAUGGUGUUUAUGUCAUGGCUGGGUGGGUUUGUUCACUCAAUGGUACAGACGCUUCUUACUACACAUCUACCCUUCUGUGGGCCUAAUGAAAUCGACCACUAUUUUUGUGAUGUUCACCCUUUAUUGAAAUUAGCCUGUGCUGAUACCUACAUUAUUGGACUUAUUGUCAUUGCCAACAGUGGCAUGAUUUCCCUCAGUUGUUUUCUUGUGCUUACUAUUUCUUACAUUGUUAUCCUACUCACAAUCAGAACUCGUUCUUCAGAAGGCCAUCUCAAGGCUCUUUCUACCUGUGGCUCUCACAUCACAGUUGUGAUUCUGUUCUUUGGCCCCUGCAUCUUUCUUUACAUGAGGCCUUCAACCACAUUCUCAGAGGACAAAAGUGUGGCUGUUUUCUAUACUAUUAUAACUCCCAUGCUCAAUCCAUUAAUUUACACAUUGAGAAAUGAGGAGGUAAAGAAUGCCAUGAGAAUAUUGUGGAGCAAAAAUAUAAUUUUGGCUAGGAAAUUAAAAGUGGAUUUAAAAAUAUAACCUUGGUUUAAUCACAUAUCAUAUCAAUGGUGGAGAAAAGUGUAUUAGUAUCAGAACUGGGCCUGUUGGAAAAGUAACUUUUCUAUCUCUAGCAAGGUUUCAAUAAAAUGCAUCUUUUCCUCUUAAAAUAAUGAGUAUAACAAUGAAACGUCUAAUUAGGAUGCCUUAAUUUUUAAUACAAUGUAUAGAGGCUAUUUCCUCUUAAGAUUCAUUGCUAGAGAAAGAAUAUUUAAUCUCUUAUCCCAAUAAGCAGUGAAAACCGUAACUAUUAUAAUGUUGGGAUUUAAUGUUUAAUUGAAAAUAAAUGUUGUCACAGUCUCAUCUUGCUAUAAUCUGUGGUCAACCCAGAGGAAAAAUGUUUCACUUUCCUUUAUAAAGCUCAUAUAAUGUUGUUAUCUGUGUUUCUGAAGGCUAAUUUAUUUUUCCCCGGCUGUGAUAGUUCUAUUCUGAUAGUCCAAAGAGCACUAGUUUUGUGUGUUAACUACCUGAGAGAUACCACAUGAACAUAACUUGGGACUCUCAUGUCUUAUUAUAUUCUUCAGCACUGUGCUUUAGUAUUUAUGCGGGCAUGCUUCAUGCACUCACAGUGACUAUAACAAGUUCAGAAAAGUUUCAGAAACUCUCAUGUUGACCAUUUUGCAGGGUGUACAAAACUAAUUAAAACUUGUAUAGCAAAAUAACACCAAUACUGCAGGAGAUGCAUUAACUGCCAGGAGGUUUCUGAGUUGAACUUAAAUAGUGGUUAUUACUUAUAAAGCUCUUUAUAUCUUGAGUCCAUACUAGCUUUGAACUGUUUGAUUUUAUUCAUUUAUUAAAUUUAUCUUCUACCUGUCUCACUUUCAAAAGCAAUUAGAAUCUUUCUGCCUUCUACACCUUGGCCAAGAGAGCAAAAUUUCUCUCAAUAUGAUCAGAUGAUGUUACAUCAAAAUUAUUAAGAAAAUUUCUAUUACAGGAGGAUAGCAAGGAACAAGAAAACAUUACUUUUCUUAUGAAAACAGGCCCAUCCCUCCCUCAGUGGUGUAACAUUGCAAGUGUUCUAAAUGAAUUACUUUCCAGAAAUAAACAUAAAGAUGAACCUAGAAUGUUAAAAGAGAUCUUUAAACAAACCACCAGUACUUAUCUGAAAGUAGGUUUAGCUUUUUCCUUGGUUCUUCUUCUUCCUGCCCUUCACUUUGUUCCUGGGCUCUUAUUAUUCUUGUUUAUUAUUUUCUAUUAGUCUCUGACUUAGUAUUUCUGUCAAACUCUGCAAAAAUAAUAACAUUGGGCUCCACCAUUCACUUCCCUAAGGAUUCUAGCAAUGGACAAGUUUCAUACAUAAUGACUAAAGUAAUGACAUUUUCCAGAACAAGAAAUUUAAAAAAAAUACUGUUUUCUGAGAACAUUCAAAGAAAGUUAACAACUUAAGCGACAUUAUACCCAUCUCAUUGGCACUUAAUUUAUUAGUCAUUAUAUUAAUUGGGGAGACAUUUCCUUGCAGUGGAAGAAUACUGGCGAACUGCUGUUUUUGAAGGAAGUGAUACAGGCAAAUAUUUAAAGUAUAACUUCGAGAUCAUGAGAAAUUUUCAGCUAUUGUUCAUCCAGUACCAUAGAAUAUAGAGCUUUCUCUAAGCCUCCAUACUUUUAUGUGCUCUUUGCUUUUCAACAAUAAUAUCAGAGAGAGGGCAUCAAAAACUAAAUCAUAAAUAUGGUAUGCUAUUCUGGAAUGCAUUAAAAAUACAUUGUG